ACUCGGUAACUGGACCUCUCAAUUCGUGGUUAAGAAUAAUCUUACUAUGCGACCCAGCAAAUGGCGGAGGCAGAAAGUACUCACUUCGAUUUGAUUAUUCGUCAUGGUAGAGUUAUAGAUCCAGCUAAUGAGCGGGACUUUAUAGCAGAUGUUGGAGUCAGAAGCGGAAGAAUUUGCGCAGUCGCUAGAGGUCUUGAAGGAACAGGGCUGGAGGAGUUUGACGCAUCAGGCUAUAUUGUAACACCUGGGUUGAUUGACAGCCAUGUGCAUGUUUAUCAGUAUGCCACGCCCUUGGGUGUUAAUGUGGACGAGACAUGUUUGGCCAGGGGUGUUACAACUGUUGUUGAUGCUGGAAGUGCAGGAGCCUCAACCUUUCCUGGCCUUCGAAAAUUCAUUGCAGAAAAGUCCCAGACCACAGUUUUGGCUCUACUCCAUAUAGCAGCUCAUGGUUUGGCAUCUGCAGGAUGUACUGGUCAAGCAAAAGGGGGUGAGUGUGAUUCAUUAAAUCAAGUGGAUGCAGAAUUGUGUGCAGAAUGUGUGAGCAAAAACAAAGAUAUGAUUGUUGGUGUAAAAGUUCGUCUUUCAGCAAGUGCUGCAAAUGAUGGAGCUAAUGAAGAGGAAGCUUUCAGGAGAGCUCUCAAAGUAUCAUCAGAAACCCAUGUUCCUCUCAUGGCUCAUCACACAUUUUCCACUAUUGAUACUCAAAGAAAAGGGAAAGACAUUAUUUCAUGUCCCGGAAGCCUUCGUCCGGGAGAUAUUCACACACACUGUUUUCAUGGCUGGCCAAGUACCAUCGUUGGCCCAAACAAACAAAUUUACAGUGAUGUUUUAAAAGCUCGCCAACGUGGGGUUCUUUUUGACGUGGGCCAUGGAGCUGGGUCGUUUUCAUGGACUGUAGCAGAGAUCUGUGCAAGAGAGGGCUUCUGGCCAGACAUAAUCAGUUCCGAUUUGCACGUAGAAUCUGUAGAGAGCCCUGCGUACGAUUUAUUGACUGUGAUGACAAAAAUGCUGCACGUAGGAAUGCCCUUGAAUGACGUCAUCAAAGCUGUUACCGUGACACCCGCAAUUGCCUUUAGACGAGGCAAUGCGAUUGGAUCGCUGAAUGUGAAUCAUGCAGCAGACAUUACGGUGUUGCAUUUUGAAGAAUUUGACAUGGACCUUGAAGAUUGUAACGCACAGUUAAGAAAAGUUAAACGGCGUUUUGUCCCUGUCGCUGUAUGGAAGCACGGAGUUAGCUUUAAGACCUCUGAAGCUCGGCCGUUUCCCAAUGAGGGUAAACUACAGGAGUUGGCCUCAUUAAAUGGCGCACUUCUGAUCAAAGAUGAAUUUUGAAUAUUUUGUUUUUCAAUUAAGAUGAUUAUUGAUUCAGAAAUUAUUUACCAGAGUAAACUGAAAGCUAUUCACUUCUCCAAAGAAGAAUGAGAAUUUUCCAAAGCACCUUGAUUUGGAGUGCGAUAAAGGAAUUGUGAUCGUAUAGUCUGAUCGUCCGGGUGAGAGCCGCUUUCUUUCGUCUUUAAAUUACCAAUUCUUGAAAAUCUUAAAAAUAUAGUGUACCGACGAGGAUGGGAUUCGAACCCACGCGUGCAGAGCACAUUGGAUUAGCAGUCCAACGCCUUAACCACUCGGCCACCUCGUCUAUUUAUCUGUGCAUUACAGAUACCAUUUUUGAGCUUUUUACUCUUUACGGUGGCCAAUUUACGUUUUCAGCUCAGUUGUUAGUUGCUAGCCGCAAGUUUUCGAAAUGCUCGAGCAAAAAACGGGACUCAGCAUGACGCGUUGACUGGGAAAUUAUAUAUGCGUUUUAGAACGUAAAGGAGUGCACACAUGAACUUUAGCGUGCUGUUUGAAAUUAAGUUAUACCUUGAAAUAGAAUUUAUUGACAGAUGAGCUUUAUUUUCAGUAAAUGACUUCGCAUCAUAAAUAAUUUACGUGAAAUAAUUGAUAUAUAUUCAAUAUUUGUUUUACCUCAAAUGGAAAGAAGAAAACCGUUUCAUUGAAUUUUACGCGUUUUUCCGAUCGGAAAGCUUUGCAGCUAUCAGGAAUAUACACCAUGGUAUUUUUUUUAUGUAAGUUCGAAAAAUGAGGUAGAAAAGCUGUUUCUAACAAGGGUUUUCUUUAGAUAUUUAAUAAUCUUUCAUUCUGUGCGGAGUGGUUUGGUGGGCGUGCCUGUGACCUGUUGUUUAUCAGUCCCUACUACUGCUAAUGGAAAAUUUCGAAGUGAAACGUACUUGACGAUGAGGCAAUAUUUGCAUCAUAUCAUCCUGUCUAAGUCUAUCAGUAAAUUAGUUUCUUUAAAAGUUUCUUUUCAGUUUUAGGAGCCAAAAUGAUUUUAAAAAACCGCGAGCAGCUGUUAUUGGGU